ACCUCCUGGAAGAAGCGGCUUUUUAUCCUGUCCCAGAGUGGGGGGAAGGGCCUGACUCUUUCCUAUUACAAGGACCAUCAUCAACAUCGAGGCACCAUCGAGCUGGAUGGAAGCACCACCAUAGAAGUUGGCAUAAAUAGCCAGGAGAAGAUGCAAUCUGUGCAGAAGAUGUUCAAGGUCCACCCAGAUGAGGUGAUGUCCAUCAGAACCGCGAACAGGGACUACUUUCUCAUUGGCCAUGACAGGGAGAAGAUCAAAGACUGGGUCUCUUUCAUGUCACAGUAUUGCCAGGGUGUGAAAACAGCUCAUCAGAAUACAGAGGAGAAGCCUUCGCUGGGUGACAGAAGGCCGGUGUCAGACCCCAGUCCUUUCUUUGGUCUCUGCAGUGCGCCGGAGAUUAUCAGCCUUGCAUCACCAAGAGCCAGUCUUCCAGACCAUUUAAUACAAAAAUGCCCCCGAGGACUCCGGCAAGCUCAUCCUCAUCGUGAACACGAUUUCCACUCAGAACCCCCUCAAGAUACAGAAGAAGAGAACUACUACCUCUCUCCUCGAAGCAUUUCUUCCUGCCUUUAGUUAGAGAGUAUCGCUGGUUCCAAUGAUUCCUGUGACUCCAUUGAAUCCAAUAGUCCAGACCAAGGUUCCAGGAAAUCUGAGAGCUAUUACAUGUCAAUGAGAUCCUGUCUCUUCAAAGAACCAACCUCUGCAUCUGCCGACUGCCAAGCCGAAUCCCAGAGUUCUCUGAAGAGUCCAGAGCAGGAUCCUCCCCUGCAAGAACAUGGCACAGCAAGUUAUCUGUGUGUUUCACCUGCUGGUCCAGAAACACAAACCACAGAUGACAAAAAUGGGUCGGCCUCACUAACUGUUGUGAAAUUGUCUAUAUUACUCAACAACAUCCCCAGUGAGAGCCAAGUGGAAACUCUGAACGUGUUCCUCUCUCCUCGGGAUGCCAUCGACUACCUUGCUCUCAUAGAAGCUGCAGGACAGAUAUGUGUGGCUCGGUGGGAAGGCCCUCCCCGACUUGGGUGCUUAUUCUGCCAUGGAGAUCAUAUCUUGGCCGUGAAUGACCUGAAGCCCCAAAGCCUGGAGGAGGUGUCCUUCUUUCUCACCCGGUGUAUGCAUAAGGAGAAAGUGAAACUCUCCAUUGGCCGGAUCCCAAAUUCAGAGACGUUCCAUGCUUCCCUCUGUGAGUGCCCCUUGAAACACCAUUUGGGUGAGUCUGCCCAACCCGAUGCUCCAGGCCUGGAAAGGACACCAAAGAGGAGUCCGGCCAUCAAAAAGAGCCAGAAGGAGACAACUGGAGAGUAGGCUGCCUCAGGCCCGUGGCAGCAGAAGAAGGAUGGAGCCCUGGAUCAUGCAUGGUCCUACGGCUGGAGACAAGACAGCAUCCUGCACUGUCUUAACAAUGGGGUCACUGGCCGCUCUAUGGCUGUUGCAUUGAGGUCACAUGGAAUAAUGAAUGACUAAGGAACAGAGAUAAAAUGGAAGCCUUAUCUGGGACUUUGCCCCAGAUGUGGAUUCAGUAAAUCUCUAGUCUAAUUAAUAGCACUGUGCACUUCCUGAAGUCACAAUUGCUUUUUUGUUAGGAAUACCCAGUUAAAAUUACUCAUUCCAGGAGACGAGAGAGAGAUGAAGGUCUGUGGCUGCCCUCCCAGACACUUCCUGUGACUCAGCAGCCCAGGGGCCAUCAGGCCAGGCAGAGUGACUUCUGUCUCAGUACACCUGCUUUCUUAAAUCACAGUAAAUAUUUUGGAAGCUAAGGAAGUUUGGUGCUGUAUGCAGCCAAGAUCUGCUCACUCUAAAAAUGAACAGGAAACCAUGUUUCUAUGUUCUUGAUUGAUUGGUUUAUUACCAAAUUAGUCCUGAGAGGUCAAAAGAAUAGAAGGCCAUUUAAUAAGCAGGAACAAUCAGCUGAACACUAAUCAACUUGGGAAAUGGUGGUGCGAGGGCAGGGGCUAGAAAAUACAUCUCAGCAGGCUGUCCCUUUCACGUGGAAAAAAAAAAUGAAGGCUUUGAAAGCUCGGUGAUACUCAGCUCUAGAGAGAAAAUUCCCCGACCUCUGCCUUGUGUAUGGAUUUAGAUUAGUAAAGACCUUUGGCAUGAAGAGGAGACAUUGAAUACAUUUCACUUUCUGUUAUCUAGACUGUUGCCAGUAUAAAAUGUGUAUAUGUGCCCAGAACAUGGAAAGUAAAUAAAUGUGUAUGCAUGAAUA